AACCAUCAUCCGUUCAGAAUAUAUUCCAAACAUUAUACAAAAAAUGAUGAUGACUGUUGCCUCUUCGAUCUUACACCUUGUCACUUUUGCCUACUUGGCAGCUACUAUCUCGGCUUAUACUAUUCACUUUCAGAAUAGUUGCUCUUAUACGGUUUGGGCCGCUGUAGGCAAGGCUCCUAACGGACAACCAGAUACAUCUGUUUCAUUUGGUCAACAACUCAGCUCAGGUCAGAGUGCCGAUUUUGGUGUAGCAGAUAAUCAGUUAGGUAUUCGUGCUUGGGGAAGAACUGGUUGUGAUGGCUCUGGUGCCAAUUGUCAGACUGGUGCUUGUAAUGGUGGUUUAGUCUGUACCGACGCUGGGAUCACUUCACGUGCUCUUCUUUCUGAAUACGGUAUAGGAACUGAUGGUAGAAUUUACUGGGAUCUUUCAUAUGUUGGUGGUCAAAUUAAUAUUCCUACUAGACUUACAGGUCCAGAUGGUCAAGAAGUUUAUUGUGCAAAUGGAAAUUGUCCAAACACUCAAGCUUUUCAAAAUUCCGAAGAUUUUGGUGCUAUAAGAAAUUCAGCUCAAGGUGGUACUUAUAAUCAUCAUUUCUGUGGUUAAGAAAAAAAACUAUACAUGGAUUUUUUUUUGUAAACAAUCCAUCAAAUCCUUAUGUGAUUGUGUGUUAUGUAUCUGAUUUCCCUCUCAAUUGUUUGGAACCCCUUUGGUUAGUUUGUUUUGAGACUUGAUGAUUUCUGGUUUGAGUGAAUUGAAAUCCGUAGUUGUCUUGUUGUAC